AGCAUGUGAACAAGGAAGCGGGGCCGCGGGAGGAGAAGGCGUUCUGUGGUUGCUGGGCAACGUCGUGCGCGCUGCAUGCCGGGACGUCAAAAAAAUGCCCACGCUGUGACCUCUCCCCUAGGCCCCCCUUCGCCUCACAACACGGAAGCAUGGCGGCCGCCCAGGGAAGCCCGGUGUCCUCCCGUUCACAGCGGCGGCUGAGGAUUCUCUCAGGGCACCUGCAGCCCGGAGCCGCGACUGACGUCUCCGCCAGCGAGUGCAAGGCCACGGCGGCUCCUUCUAUCCCCAGGAAAAGGCAAGAGGUUCUGAAGUGGAACGGAUGGGGGUAUAAUGAUUCCAAAUUCACCUUUAACAAGAAGGGGCAAGCUGAAUUUACUGGGAAACGGUAUAAACUGAGUGGUAUGGUGCUCCCGACUUUGCGAGAAUGGAUGGAAAAGACAUUUGGUGCUAGUUUGAAUCACAAAACUACCUCCAGAGCAUCUUUAAAUGUAAGUGAUGCCCCACCAGCCAUUUUAAAUGAAGGAUUUAUGCAGGAUAUUAAAGCCAUCGGCAUUCCAUUUUCUCAUGAUGUUGAGGAUCGGGUAUUCCGAGCUCAUGGUCAUUGCCUCCAUGAAAUGUUUACACUCAGGGAAGGAAUGUUUAAAAGAAUUCCAGACAUCGCUGUGUGGCCACAAUGUCAUGAAGACGUAGUUCGAAUUGUGGACCUGGCCUGCAAACAUAAUGUCUGCAUUAUUCCAUUUGGAGGUGGGACAAGUGUAUCUAAUGCAUUGGAAUGUCCUGAAGAUGAGAAAAGAACCAUUGUCUCGUUAGAUACUUCACAGAUGAGCAGAAUCCUAUGGAUAGAUGAGAAGAAUCUGACUGCUCAUGUGGAGACUGGUAUCACUGGUCAGGAUUUAGAAAGACAGCUUGGGGAGAGCGGGUACUGCACAGGCCAUGAGCCAGAUUCCAUGGAGUUCAGCACACUGGGGGGCUGGGUAGCCACACGGGCAUCGGGCAUGAAGAAGAACAUCUAUGGAAACAUUGAAGAUCUGGUAAUGUAUGUAAAAAUGGUAACACCAAAAGGCGUUGUGGAAAAAAGCUGCCAGGGGCCAAGAAUGUCCACAGGGCCGGACAUAUACCAUUUCAUUAUGGGGUCUGAAGGAACUCUUGGAGUAGUUACAGAAGUGACAAUUAAAAUCAGGCCUCUUCCAGAAUAUCAGAAAUACGGUUCAGUGGUCUUUCCAGACUUUGAGCAAGGUGUGGCCUGUUUGAGAGAAGUUGCAAGACAGAGAUGUGCUCCAGCUUCGAUUCGCCUUAUGGACAAUGCUCAGUUUCAGUUUGGGCAUGCUCUUAAACCUCAGGUGGCCUCAAUUUUUACUUCAUUUUUGGAUGGCUUAAAAAAAUUCUACAUCACAAAGUUUAAGGGCUUUGAUCCGAAUCGUCUCUGUGUAGCGACUUUGUUGUUUGAGGGUGACCGUGAGAAGGUGCUGCAGCAUGAGAAACAAGUGUAUGACAUCGCUGCAAAGUUUGGAGGCCUAGCAGCAGGCGAAGAUAAUGGCCAGAGAGGUUACAUGCUGACAUUUGUCAUUGCUUACCUUCGGGAUCUUGGCAUGGAUUAUUAUUUGAUAGGAGAGUCAUUUGAAACCUCCGUUCCAUGGGAUAGGGUGCUAGAUCUUUGUCGAAAUGUCAAAGAGAGAAUUGUUCGAGAAUGCAAAGAAAAAGGUGUUCAGUUUCCACCACUAUCAACGUGCAGGGUCACGCAAACCUAUGAUGCAGGUGCCUGUGUAUACUUCUACUUUGCCUUUAAUUACAGAGGCAUAAGUGACCCAGUGCAUGUCUACGAAGAAAUCGAGUUUGCUGCUAGAGAGGAAAUUCUUGCCAAUGGAGGAAGCCUUUCACAUCACCAUGGAGUGGGCAAGUUGAGGAAGCAGUGGCUGAAGGACAGCAUUUCAAAUGUUGGAAUCGGCAUGCUCCAAUCAGUCAAGAAUUACGUGGACCCCAACAAUAUCUUCGGCAACCGAAACCUUUUAUAAAAGCGGCUAUCUGUAAUUCCAUUUUUGCGUCCAGAUGUUUUAAUACUGUACAGUUAUCCCACUAUAACAGCACAGUCAGGACAGGCUUGAGGAGGCAGAGCUGCAAUGUGUGAUGAAGUGAGAGAGGGAGAAUGAUUUAAAAAAAAAAAAUCAUUUUUUUUUUUAUGUCGAUCAAAUGUCCUUUUGUUCCAAUAUUGUUGAGGAGCAGUCUUGCUAAUAAUUGGGCUUGGCAGUCAGUAUUAAGGGGGACAGCUGUGCUUUGCCGACUGCUCCUGACCCUCCAGACAUGUUACAUUAACUUGCCCUCUCUUGUCGGGGGCUUGAAAAUUCACUUUGUCUCAGCCAUGCUCUAAACCUAAAAUGCAUAGCAUGCUGCUCUCUAUAGCAAAAUGGCAAUUUCUUAAGUUAGUCAGGCGAGACAUUGAUUUAUCGGGAUCGGUUUUUGCAGGCCAGGGCCAGUGCUAGGGGUAAACAGUUUACUUUCUAACCAAUUCAGACUAACUUCGUUAUAGUAAAAUUAAAAGCCAUCUGUGCACCAGACAUAAUUGUUGACAAUUAAGAUAAGCAGCGGUCUUUAUGAAGUGUUUCAGUACAAGAAUAUGGAUUAUAAU